UCCUUCUCUUCCCCGGGUCUUCCUCUCCCGGCCGACACGGAACUGCAGCAGUUGUAGUUCAGGACCCUUAAGAUCAGUCUUCACAAUGGCUGCUGACUCCAUGGAAAUUGAUGAUGGUCUUUACAGCCGGCAAAGGUAUGUCCUGGGUGAUACAGCUAUGCAGAAAAUGGCUCAGUCCCAUGUUUUCCUAAGUGGCAUGGGUGGACUUGGUGUUGAAAUCGCCAAGAAUAUUGUUUUAGCUGGAAUAAAGGCACUGACAAUCCAUGACACAAGACAUUGCGAAACCUGGGACCUUGGGACUAAUUUCUUUAUCAGGGAAGAUGAUGUCCGAAAUAAAAAAAAUAGAGCUGAAACAUGCCUUCACCACAUCGCAGAGCUCAACCCUUAUGUCCAAGUAAUCUCAUCAACUACACCACUGGAUGAGUCAUCGGAUCUUUCAUUCCUGAAGCAGUACCAGUGCGUAAUACUAACUGAAGCAAGGCUUUCCCUGAAGAAACGGGUCAAUAACUUCUGUCAUGACCAACAUCCACCCAUAAAGUUCAUCUGCUCGGAUUGUUAUGGUGUGUGCUCCUCUGUGUUUUGUGACUUUGGAGAUGAAUUUCAAGUCCUGGACACCACGGGGGAAGAGCCGAAGGAGAGCUUUAUUUCAAAUAUAACCCAGUCUAAUCCCGGCGUGGUCACAUGCUUUGAUAAUCGCCCUCACAAUCUUGAAUCUGGCCAAUUUGUGACUUUCCGUGAGAUCAAUGGAAUGACCUCUUUAAACGGCUCCAUGCACCAGAUUACAGUUACAUCACCUUACUCAUUCAGCAUUGGAGAUACGUCGGCCAUGGAGCCUUACCAGCAUGGUGGACUAGCUAUCCAGAUUAAAAUGCCUCAGUCAUUCAGCUUUGAAAGACUAGAAAAACAGUUAAUGGACCCAAAAUAUCUCAUUGCAGAUUUCAGCAAACCCGAGGCAAGUUUAAGCAUCCACUCUGCAAUGCUGGCAUUGGAUCAUUUCCAGGAGAAGCACAGUCGUCUGCCAAACAUAAGGUGCCUUCAGGAUGCCGAAGAGAUGCAGACUUUAGCGGCAUCUAUACAUGAAAAUCUGCAGAGUAAACCCUUACUUGACAAACACUUGCUGAAGUGGUUGUCCUGGACAGCGCAGGGUUUUCUGGCUCCCCUUGCAGCAGCAGUGGGUGGAAUCAUCAGCCAAGAAGUCCUGAAAGCUUUAUCACAAAAGUUUUCUCCUUUACAGCAAUGGCUGUUUUUGGAUGCCAUGGACAUUGUGAAUCCAUUAGAUGAAAUUAGUCAAGAAGAAUUCCUUCCUAGGGGUGAUCGAUAUGAUGCCCUUCGAGCUUGCAUUGGAGAAACUUUUUGCAGGAAGAUUCACCGUUUAAAUAUUUUUUUGGUUGGUUGUGGUGCUAUUGGCUGUGAGAUGUUGAAAAAUUUUGCACUUCUAGGGGCUGGCUCUGAUACACAAAGAGGUUUGAUUACUAUAACAGACCCUGACUUAAUUGAAAAAUCAAACUUGAACCGACAGUUUCUCUUCAGGCCUUAUCACAUUCAGAAACCCAAAAGCUGCACUGCUAGUGCUGCAACCUUAAGCAUAAACCCGCAGUUGAAAAUUGAACCGCGUUUAGAUAAGGUGUGUCCGGCCACAGAGAAUAUCUAUACAGAUGAUUUUUACAGUAAUCAGGAUGUCAUUGUGACGGCACUGGACAACGUGGAAGCCAGAAGAUAUGUAGACAGUCGCUCUGUGUCCAACAUGCGCCCUCUGCUGGACUCUGGGACCAUGGGGACGAAAGGACACACAGAAGUGAUUGUACCUUGGUUAACGGAAUCAUAUAACAGUUAUCGAGAUCCUCCAGAUGAAGAAAUCCCAUUUUGCACUUUGAAGUCAUUUCCAGCAACCAUUGAGCACACGAUUCAGUGGGCCCGAGAUAAGUUUGAGAGCUCUUUUACCCACAAGCCUUCUCUAUACAACAAAUUUUGGCAGGCACAUUCAACUGUCCAAAACGUUCUCCAGAAAAUAAAGGCUUGUGAAAGCUUAGAAGGCUGCUUCUAUGUUGUUAAACUACUAAGCAGGAAACCCAGAUGCUGGUCACAGUGUGUGGAACUCGCAAGAUUGAAGUUUGAAAAGUAUUUCAAUCACAAGGCUCAGCAGUUAUUGCAUUCAUUCCCUCUUGACACCAGAUUAAAUGAUGGCAGUUUAUUUUGGCAAUCUCCAAAGCGACCACCUACUCCAAUAGUGUUCGAUAUAGAGGAUCCAUUGCAUUUCAGCUUUAUACUCAGCGCAGCCAAGCUAUAUGCAGACAUUUAUGGCAUCAAGUUCACGGAAAAGGAUUUGUCACUGGACAUUAUGAGGAAAACAAUAGCAGGAGUGAACAUCAAAGAAUUUACACCAUCAAACAAGAUUGUAGAAACAGAUGAGAAUGCAAAGAAGCCUGAUCAAAUCCUAGUGAGCAGUGAAGAUGAGAGGCUGGCUGUCAUGCAGUUAGAAAGAGUCAUUGAAGAGGGCCAAACCUCACAAGAGGACCUUCAAAUGAAGAUGCUAUUGUUUGAAAAGGAUGAUGACAGCAAUGAACAUAUCAACUUUAUCACAGCGGUGUCUAACUUGAGAGCAAAAAUGUAUAGCAUUGAACCAGCUGACAGACUGAAGACCAAGCGCAUUGCGGGGAAGAUUAUUCCAGCUAUAGCUACAGCUACGGCAGCGGUGUCUGGCCUGGUUGCACUGGAGUUGAUUAAAGUUGUAGGAGGACAUCCAUUUGAAGCUUACAAGAACUGUUUCUUCAAUCUAGCAAUUCCAAUCAUAGUAUUCACUGAGACUGCUGAAGUAAAAAGUACCCAGAUCAGAAAUGACAUUUCUUUUAAUAUCUGGGACAGAUGGACUAUCUACGGCAAUGCAGACUUUACACUUCUGGAUUUCAUCAAUGCUGUGAAAGAACAGUAUGGAAUAGAACCAACCAUGGUUGUACAAGGAGUCAAAAUGUUAUACAUCCCAGUUAUGCCUGGUCAUGCUAAAAGACUGAAACUUACGAUGCACAAGCUUGUAAAGGCUGGAGCUGAUAGAAAAUACGUCGACCUAACCGUGUCCUUUGCGCCCGAGACUGAUGAAGAUGAAGAUUUACCUGGGCCCCCUGUCAGAUAUUACUUUAACAAGGAAAGCAAUUAACAGCGCUGACGUUCUCCUCCACAUGUGUUGGUACUACUUGUCACAACAGGGUGAAGCCUUAACAACAAGGAAUCAGUGGAAGUAGUGAUUUGCACUAAUAUUUGCAUAGUGGAAUCUGUACCUGUAGUGUCUCCCCUUGCUUUGUUGUAUGCGUUUCUUUAAACUGGAUUACAGGAUGUUUGGAUGCAAUAUUCUGUGCUGUAACCCCAAAAAAGUCAUAAGAAAAAAAAACAGGAAAAUAUAAAAAAAUAAAAAAACAGGAAGGAGAAUUCCGACUACUGGGGACUGUACUGUGGGAUUUGUACUGUACCUCGUUCCUGAAAUGAUGGAAGUGGAUUGUGCUAGAAUACUAUAAAGUAAUAAUACGUCUGUGUGCCUUGUAGUCAGUAUGUGCACAUGAGAUCGUCCAGCUCUGUAUGUAUGUGUUUAUGUAUAUACAAAGUUAAAGGGAACCUGUCAGCAUGAAAAUGCAGUGCAGUCUGCAGGCGGCAUGUUAUAGAGCAGGAGGAGGUUGUUCUAAGUCAUUUCCCAUAAGGUUGCAUUCACUUGACCGUAUGCAUUUUGCAGUCCGCAAAAUGCGGAUCCGCCAAAAAAUACAGAUGACGUCUGUGUUGCGUUUUUUUUUUUUUUUUUGGUGAUCCAUUGUUUGGUGAUCCAUUGUAAAAAUGCCUAUUUUUGUCUGCAAAACAGACAAGAAUAGGAUAUAUUCUAUCUUUUUUGCAGAAAGGACACACGUAUACAAUGUGCUUUACAGGUUUGUGCGGACGCAUUGAAAUGAAUGGGUCCGCAUCCAAUCCUCCAAAAAUGCGGAUCCGAUGCGGACUAAAAAUACGGUUGUGUGAAUGGGGCUAUGGGGGUGGUCCGUCUGACAGCCGUCUGUGUAUACACACUGAUAAGACCUCCCACUUGGCUGCCGAGCUCAGAAAUAGCAGAGAUUUAAAUGAAUAAAGUAAAAGUUUAGCAGAAUCUUUUCCUCUAAAACUAUAUAUCGAUCUGCUCAGCUCCUCCUGCUCUAUAAUAUGCUGCCUGCAGAUUGCAUUGCAUUUCAUGAUGACAGGUUGUCUUCAAAAGUAACGUUACUCUGUGUAACUUGUACUGUGCCUCAGCAGCUCUCAACAUUUUCCCUCUUCUAUUCCCUCUUUUUUAUACUGGUUUCAUUGAGCAAGAUCACAGCAUAUACUUACACAGGAUAACGUAACCGGCUGUACAUCAUAAGGGUAUUUUAAGUCCUUGACCCUUCAAAUGCCUUAGUAUUUUAAGAUAUGAUGGAGUGGUGUAACGUUAGUUUGGCGGUGAUGUUCAUGCAUAAACACAAACCAUUUAAUCUUGUUUUAUUCAUGUCUUGGUAAAUGCUUAUGUGUGUUCUGUAUGAAUUCUAUGCACGUAGAUCACAUUCUUACAGUAGCAGAUCAACCAGUUCACCUUAGCAGGUGUCCAACUAUACAUUUCAGCGGCUAAAAUAGGGCAUGGUAAGAGUGAACAGCUUUGAAAGGUCCUUUUACUUUUAUGUUCACAUUUCAAUUUGUUUCCCAACAUAAAAUUCUGAAAUUUCUAAUGAAUUUCUUAAUAGGGUUGUCUCACUUUUAUCAUAACUUUCUUUUAUGAUAACUCCCAUACAAAUGUAUCUUCUUCUCUCUGAAUCUUUGAGAGUUCCACCUUUCAGACCUUCCACCUUUCUGUAGUCUGAUUGGCAUAAAAAAAAAAAAAAGUAUUUCAUAUUAAAACCACUUGAAAGAGAAAAAGAGGGUGUGCCAACCAUAUAGAAAGCUGAUAAUCUGCCCACUAUACCGGCUAAUUCCAGAAUAGUGUGUCCACUGCGGGAAACAUGUUCCAUGUGGGACCAUGAUUUCCCGUUAUGGACACCUCCUUUGACUGGGUGACAUUAUAGUGAUUUAUAAAGCUGUGUGUCCCUACCCCAUCUCGGAUCUACUGAAUUGUACUGAAAUAAUUCCAUCAGUACAGUGCUAUAGAUCUGAGCUCAGGCAGGGACACACAGCUUUAUAAAUCAUUAGUGUAAAAGUAGUGACCACUGCCUGUAAAGGGGCCAUAGGCAGCAUACAACAGAGGCCAGCAUCUCAUUACAAUACUGUAUGUUAUUCUGAAAUGCUGCAGGGAGAAGAGUCCACUGGCCAUCCUCCCUCUAGCUUCUGUCAAGCUGGGUGGCCAAAAACUGGAAGGGACAGUUACUAUGGGGAACGUUUAUUUAAGGCCAUAACUUUGUUGUCUACACUUCUCUUGGCAUCUUACUAGAGUGCAUUUCUGAUCAGUACAGGCGUAUUAAUUCCUCACUUUGUUUUCAGAGUUGUUACUAGUUCAUUGUAUUGAGGGAGCCUGUCACUGUUUCUUUCUGUCUGUGUCCCUUUAAGGUUCUAUGUAAGGGCUCAUGUACAUUAGCGUGUGCCGCCCGGUCCGUGCAUAGGAAACCGCAAAUUGCGGUCCUCAAUGCGCGGGCACCGUCCGUGUGGCUUGUGCAGGCAGAUGCAGACCCAUUCAACUUGAAUGGGUCUGUGAUCCGUCCACACAGCAAAUAAAUAGCACAAGUUAUAUUUUCUUGCGGUGCUGAGGCACGAGCCAAAAUGCCUUGGAAGCUUCCUUGGCCUUCCGCUCCGUGCUGAGGCACCGUAUCUUCUGGAUUGCCGACCCUUUCAAGUGAAUGGCCGUGUGCAUGAGCUCUAAGGCUACAUUCACACAACAGUGGGGGAAAAAACGACUGUUAAAAAUGUCAAAACAGUACAUUUUUAAUGCCAGUUUAUUUUCCAGUGAUUCUUUUUUGAGAAACAACCAAUAAAAAAAAGUUACAUUUUUCCCAUAGUUCUAAAAAGAGGAACAGGGAUAACUGUACGUUCCAGUUUGGGCCGCCCAGCUUGGCCGAAGCUAGAGGGAAGAUGCCCAGUGGACUCUACCUGCAGCAUUUCAGAAUGCUGGCCUCUGUUUCGAUUCUGUGGGGGAUGUCGGUCUGUUAAAACAGACAAAAUAGGACAUGUUCUAUUUGGAGGCUAUUAUUCUCCGGCCUUCAAAAAAAAUUGACGUGGGAAUACCCCAUAGAUUACUAUUGUCUUAAAACGGUAACGUGACGGCCAUUUUUCUCUGUCAUGUGAAUGUUGCCUAACUAGGCCAAUUUUCCUGUGGGCUUGUUUAAAAGAUACAGAUUUGGAAUAAUUUUGUUGAUCCAUUUCUCGGUUUCUGUCUCAGUGUGAUCAGUAAAGAUUUUGGCCUCUAUAAAUAUGAAAAGAGGUGUGUCCAAAGAAAGAGAACCAUCUUGAUAGCGCCCCUAGGGAGCCACUGUGGAAGUGGCUCAUUAAGAGUCAAAAUCCGUUGUUUUUUUUUUAAGCCGUGAGAUUUCACAAGAGAAUAUAACCAAUACAGAUAUUCAGCCGUAGACAGCUGUUUCAGGGUGCUUGCCCCUUCUUAGUAUGGACUUUCUUGAGAUACCUCUUUGCAUAUUCUUUUCCCAUAGAGAACAAACAAUGCGUCUUCAUAUCUUGGAGCACUGCCAAUAAGUCUCCUUACAGGACUGCUCUCUUUAAGGAGAUCCUGCACCCUGCCUAAGCUGCACUCAAGGCAUUGCACUGAUGAGGGGAAAGCCCCAGAAACAGCUGUCUACAGAUGGGUAUCUGGCUUGUCUGUAUAUUACCUUGUCAAAUCCCAAGGCUUGUUGGAAAGUUGGAUUUGACUCAUAGGGAGUCUCUUCUACAAAGUGGCACUAGCAAGAUGGUUCUGUGUCUUGGGAGAUACCUCUUUGCAUAUUUAUUUCCCAUGGAGAACAAACAAUGCGUCUUCAUAUCUUGGAGCACUGCCAAUAAGUCUCCUUACAGGACUGCUCUCUUUAAGGAGAUCCUGCACCCUGCCUAAGCUGCACUCAAGGCAUUGCACUGAUGAGGGGAAAGCCCCAGAAACAGCUGUCUACAGAUGGGUAUCUGGCUUGUCUGUUUAUUACCUUGUCAAAUCCCAAGGCUUGUUGGAAAGUUGGAUUUGACUCAUAGGGAGUCUCUUCCACAAAGUGGCACUAGCAAGAUCAUUCUGUUUCUUGGGAGAUACCUCUUUGCAUAUUUAUUUCCCAUAGAGAACAAACAAUGCGUCUUCAUACCUUGGAGCACUGCCAAUAAGUCUCCUUACAGGACUGCUCUCUUUAAGGAGAUCCUGCACCCUGCCUAAGCUGCACUCAAGGCAUUGCACUGAUGAGGGGAAAGCACCCCGAAACAGAUGUCUACAGAUGGGUAUCUGGCUUGUCUGUAUAUUGCCUUGUCAAAUCCCAAGGCUUGUUGGAAAGUUGGAUUUGACUCUUAGGGAGUCUCUUCUACAAAGUGGCACUAGCAAGAUGGUUCUGUGUCUUGGGAGAUACCUCUUUGCAUAUUUAUUUCCCAUGGAGAACAAACAAUGCGUCUUCAUAUCUUGGAGCACUGCCAAUAAGUCUCCUUACAGGACUGCUCUCUUUAAGGAGAUCCUGCGCCCUGCCUAAGCUGCACUCAAGGCAUUGCACUGAUGAGGGGAAAGCACCCCGAAACAGCUGUCUACAGAUGGGUAUCUGGCUUGUCUGUAUAUUUCCUUGUCAAAUCCCAAGGCUUGUUGGAAAGUUGGAUUUGACUCAUAGGGAGUCUCUUCCACAAAGUGGCACUAGCAAGAUGGUUCUGUUUCUUGGGAGAUACUUCUUUGCAUAUUUAUUUCCCAUUGGGCAUUGGCAAUAAGUCUCCAUACUAUGGUGUACUUCCAAGUAAGUCUCAAUACAUGACUGGUCUCUUUGAGAUCCAGCACCCUGCCUAGACCUCAAUAAAUACAUGUUCCCUAGAUAUCUAUGACUAAUGAUUCAACAUUUUAUUUGAUCAGAUUUUAUCAAAUUGUGUAUCAGCAAGCUAUGCUGUUUCUGAGCUCGGGAAGCAGCAUAGCUUGCUAUGUUAUGCUGUUUCCGUAACUCCCAUGCACUACAAUAGGAGCUACUGAAACUGAUCAGGGCUGGCCCACUGUGCCGUUUCCAGACCCCCUGGUGGUCAGGACUUGGUCUCCUGCCGCCUUAGUAACGGUGAGAAGAGAAAACCCAUUUAAGGGGAAUCUGUCACCAGGAAAUUCGCUGUUAAGCCAGGCACAUUGCCUUUCAGGGCUAGCUCAGCUAAAUGUAAUGAUAUCCAUUGCCUUUAAUCCAUAGGCAAAUGAGCAGUUAAAGGGGUUUUGCAGUUUGUUUAAACUGAUGAUCUAUCCUCUGGAUAGAUCAUCAGCAUCUGACCGGCGGGGGACCCCCGCGGAUCAGCUGUUUGAGAAGGCAGGA